CCAAUUUUACACUAACGCUUCUUUUAAAAUUUUAUCAAUGGCUGACAAACUGCAUAGUGGUUAUUUUCACCCCGUUUUACGACAGUACCAAGAAUCUGGAAGCACUUUAUCCCCUUCAAAUUUCAUGUACCCCGUAUUCGUAAUUGAUGAAGACGAUGCUAAAGUCAACAUUCCUAGCAUGCCAAAUGUCUUUAGGUAUGGAGUGAACACAUUAUUAAAAGAGCUUAAAGUUUUAGUGGAAAAGGGUCUGUCAUCAGUUUUAGUUUUUGGUGUCAUUGACAAUUCUUUAAAAGAUUCUAAUGCAACAUCUGCUGAUACAGAGAGAAACCCAGUUCUGAAAUGUGUAAGAGCACUUCGUAAAACUUAUCCAGACCUUUUAAUUGCUUGUGAUGUUUGUCUUUGCGGAUAUGCUGACCAUGGUCACUGUGGAAUUUUAAAAAAUGGAAUAAUUGAUAAUGAAGCAAGCACAAAAAGGCUUUCAGAAGUCGCUUUGGCUUAUGCUAAAGCUGGUUGUCAUGUUGUGGCGCCAUCUGACAUGAUGGAUGGAAGAGUGAAGGCCAUAAAAGAUAUCUUGCAUAAGUCUGGAUACGGAAAUACAGUUUCACUUCUGAGUUAUGCUGCAAAAUUUGCCUCAAAAUUCUAUGGACCUUUCAGGGAUGCUGCCUCCUCCCCUCCUCAGUUUGGUGACAGAAAGUGUUACCAGUUACCCCCAGGAAACAAAGGACUUGCUAUAAGAGCUGCUAAACGAGACAUUGAGGACGGAGCUGAUAUGAUAAUGGUGAAGCCAGGUUUGGCUUACUUGGAUAUUGUGAAUGAAUUGAAACAAAAGCAUCCAGAAUAUCCCAUGUUUAUUUAUCAAGUGUCUGGGGAAUAUUCAAUGUUGUAUCGUGCUGCAGAAGCUGGUGUGUUUACUUUGCAAGAUGCUGCAAUGGAAACUUUAACGUCAAUGAGGCGUGCAGGUGCUGAUGUGAUAAUUACCUAUUUUGUUCCUCAACUGUUGUUGGAAUGGCUUUAACAAUUGUUAAGAAGUUUACAUAACAUUCAACAAAUUUGUAAAAAAUAAUUUAGCAUGAUAAUGAAAUGAAUAUAGUAAAUGAAAUUAUUUUUAGAAUAUUUUAUUAAAAUUGUUCAAAUUUUUCUUAAUAAAAUGAAUGGAAAUGA